AUGUCAGAUGACAUCAUUGUGUAUGGACAAACCCAAGAAUCGCACGACAAAAACCUGAAAGCGGUACUAGAGCGACUUGAACAAGCCAACUUAAAGCUGAAUAAGGACAAAUGCAGGUUUGGACAGAAACAAGUUACUUUCUACAGACACAUUUUCAGCAGGGACGGGAUCGCUGCCGAUGCUAGGAAGAUAUCUGGUAUCGUAAAUGCUAGUGUACCCCAGAGCGCAAGUGAAGUCAGAUCGCUACUAGGGAUGGCACAAUAUGUAUCCAGGUUUAUACCAAAUUAUUCUGAUGUGACGUCUGCACUCCGUGAACUAACACAUAAAGGUGCUCAAUGGGAGUGGACAUGUGUGCAACAGAAAGCACUUGAUGACCUCAAGCAUAAACUGACCAGCGUGUGCAAAGAGGAGUAUUUUGAUCCAACCAAGCGUUCAGAAGUGGUAGUAGACGCAAGUCCAGUAGGCGUAGCCCCCAUGUUAUGCCAAGGCGGGAAAGUCGUUAGUUUUGCUAGCCGAGCACUAUCUAGUGUUGAACAGCGAUAUUCACAAACAGAACGAGAAAUGCUAGCAGUAGUAUGGGGUGCUGAACACUUUCAUCUCUAUCUGUAUGGGAGUGAAUUCGAUAUUAUAACAGACCACAAGCCGCUGAUUGAGUUAGUUGCCAGUCAUAAGCAAGCAUCUGCCAGGAUUGACCGAUGGAGGUUACGGUUGUUACCGUAUAAGUAUACUCUCAGCUACCGUCCAGGAAAAGACGACGAAAAUCCUGCUGACUACAUGAGUAGGCAUCCGGAUCAACCAGCAGCGACAGACGCGGCCGAAGACUAUAUAAAUUACGUGUGUACAAACAGUGUGCCCAAGGCACUCACUGUGAGAGACGUAGAGGAACAUGCUUUGAGAGAUCCGGUACUACAGAGACUAAUCCGUGCAAUUGAACAUGGACACUGGGCAGAUGAGGAACUUGUUCCAUAUCUGACAGUGAAGGAUGAGUUAGCAGUCUUUAAUGGCUUGGUGCUGAGGAACACACGCAUUGUGUUGCCGGUUUCGUUACGUCAGCAAGCAAUCGAAUUGGCCCACGUCGGACAUCAAGGUGUCGUCAAGACCAAGAGCUUGUUACGCGAGAAGGUUUGGUUUCCGGGUAUAGAUCGUUUGGUGGAAGAGCGAAUUAAGCAGUGUUUGCCAUGCCAAGCUGCUACCGCCAACAACGCAGAAGGACCAGAACCUCUCAAGAUGACAACACUACCUUGCGGACCAUGGAAAGAAGUGGCAGUAGAUUUUGCCGGUCCAUUUCCGACGGGAGAAUACUUGCUAGUAGUGGUAGAUGAGUACAGUAGGUUUCCAGAGGUAGAGCUGGUGACAAGUACAUCAUCGAAGGCCACAAUUCUUAAACUAGAUAGCAUAUUUGCCAGGCAAGGUAUACCAGACACAGUGAAAACCGACAACGGACCGCCGUUUAAUGGUGCAGAAUUCUCAUCGUUUGCAGAAGAGUUGGGAUUUCAUCAUCGACGUAUUACACCGUUGUGGCCACAGGCAAAUGGAGAAGCUGAACGAUUCAUGAAAACACUAAAUAAGACAAUCCGAGUGUCUAACAUCGAAGGUCGAAAUUGGAAGAGCGAUUUAGUUCGAUUUCUUCGUCAAUAUCGAGCGACGCCGCACUCGAGCAUUGGGAUGUCACCAGCAGAAGCUCUCAACAACCGAAAGAUGAAGGUACAACUACCAGAAACUAACCUUCAGGGAGACAGGAAAGCUCGAGAUAUUCGUGCAGUCGAUAAGCGGAGGAAGGACAAGAUGAAGUCCUAUGCUGACUACAAAUAA